AUGGACCAGUUAACUCAAACUUCAAAUUAUGAUACAAAACCAAUGGAGACUUCUGUUAACAACUAUUUGGAUAAGGAUAUCCCUAUGACUUUGGAGAAUAAUAAAAAUAUCAAUUAUAAUAGUAGUAGCAGUACCAAUAUAAAUGAUGAUAAUGGGAGUUGCAAUAAAGUAGUACCCAAUAAUCUCCCAAGUAAUUUUAGAGGAUAUUUACAUAAUAGUGUGAAUAAUAUUCAUUCAAAUAAUUAUUAUACAUUUAAUACAAUUUAUAGAACAAAUAGCAAUAUUAACAGUGGUGCACCAGCUACUAGACGCUCAACAAGAGCUCGCAAAGGUGUCGUUAGCUAUGUUGAACUAGAAGCGGAAUUUGACGAAUUUCUUGAGAGUUCAAGUGAUGAAGAGAAACCUGUAACUAAGAAACGUGGUAGAGGUAGACCAAGAAUUAAUAGAGAUGCUAUUAUUGCAAGUACUGUACCUCCACGUGAACCUAGCUCUAGGCGCAAGGGUGCAGCUAUGGGAAGUUUGAUAGCUGCAGAGACAAAGUUAAAUGCUGGAU